AUGAAGAGAAUAAAUGAAAAAGGAAUUGGUGAUAUCAUUAAUGUCAGCGAUGUAAUGAUGAAAAGAAAUUUUGACUCAUUAUUUACAAAACCGAAAACAGAAUAUAGUCUUUAUGACGUAAUUACCGAAUUAAUGAAAAAGAUUAAUGAUAAUAAGAGUUCUGGCGGAAGAGUUGAAUUAGAAGUGAAUGAUGUUAAUGAGAAAUUAGCCGAAAAAGCAGACAAAAAUGAGCUUUUAGCUCUGAGUGAUAAAGUCAAGAACCACGUUCAUUAUAUAACUUCAGACGAACAGAUUAUAACGGACUACCAUGGAUAUUUAACACGAAGUGAUGAAGCGAAGACAAAAAAUGUUAAUGAAAGAAGAUAUAAAUACAUUCGUGCUAAAGGUUAUGACAUAAGCUGUACUGUACAGUAUGAUGUAGCUAAAGCACCAGAAGCAUUUGGUUAUACUGGUGAAAUUUAUGCCUCUACUUUCAAUGUUAACGGUGUAUUAGUUGAACCAAGAUUUAUGUUGAGAGUUAAGACAAAAAUAACGUUUGAAGAUGCUAUUAAAAGUAAAGCUGACAAAGAUGAACUUAACGCAACGAACAAAGUUUUGAAAUCUCAUAAACACAAUAUCUCUGAUAUAAAUGAACUUCAAGCUACAUUAAAUAGUAAAGCUGACAAAGAACAUACACAUAAAUCCUUCACUACUGUUAGAGCAGACGACAUAAUAUUGAACUAUACCCUUGGUUCAAGUGCACCUUUAGAGAAUCCAAGUACAAGCGUAAAAGAUACACUAAACAAUUUAGAUAACAGAUGUAUGAACAUUGAAGGUCAUGCCAGAAACUUUGAAGCAUAUGAACUACCAGCAAUGUUAGAUAAGAAAGCUGACAAAGAACAUACACAUAAAUCCUUCACUACUGUUAGAGCAGACGACAUAAUAUUGAACUAUACCCUUGGUUCAAGUGCACCUUUAGAGAAUCCAAGUACAAGCGUAAAAGAUACACUAAACAAUUUAGAUAACAGAUGUAUGAACAUUGAAGGUCAUGCCAGAAACUUUGAAGCAUAUGAACUACCAGCAAUGUUAGAUAAGAAAGCUGACAAAGAACAUACACAUAAAUCCUUCACUACUGUUAGAGCAGACGACAUAAUAUUGAACUAUACCCUUGGUUCAAGUGCACCUUUAGAGAAUCCAAGUACAAGCGUAAAAGAUACACUAAACAAUUUAGAUAACAGAUGUAUGAACAUUGAAGGUCAUGCCAGAAACUUUGAAGCAUAUGAACUACCAGCAAUGUUAGAUAAGAAAGCUGACAAAACUUAUGUAGAUGAAAAUUAUGCAAAGAAGUCGGAAGUAAAUGCUGCGCUUAAUGGAAAAGCCGACAAGAACCAUACACAUGAAGAAUUUCAAACAAUCAAGAUUAAAGAAAUUAAGCAUACAUUGAAGAAGUAA